AUGUCCAAGCGGGAGAGAAUAUUCCGCUUUUGUGCAAUAGCCAUGGUUGUAGCUUUACAAGCUGGUAAUUACUUGGAAGAUCUGAACGCGCUAUUUGGACUGGCUUACACACAACAACAGAUAAUUGUUCAGACUAUACCUGGAGCGAUGGUGUCGUGGCAACCUGGUACAUAUGGCACCCGGAAGAACCUGAUAAUUGUGCCUCAGCAAAAUGUGUCUGGCUUUAUGAAGAAACAACUUCUACGUCAACAACAAAUACUCCGACUGAAAAAGAAACCUCGACUGUUUCUGUCACCGAGUCUACAACAACCAAAAAACAAGAAACAACUUCUACUUCAACAAAGACUUCUCCGACUGAAGCAGAAACCCCAACCAGUUCUUUCACCGAGUCUACAACAACCGCAAAACCAGAAGGCACACUUCCUUCAAGAAGGAAUACUCGGGCUGGAAAAGACACAGCAACCACUUCUUUCACCAAGUCUACAACAACCGAAAAACAAGAAACAACUUCUACUUCAACAACGAAUACUCCGACUGAAAAAGAAAAAUCAACCAUUUCUUUCACCGCGGCUGCAACAACUGAAAAACAACCAACAACUUCUACUUCAAGAAAGAAUACUCCGACUAAAACAAAAACCUCAACCAUUCCUAUCACCGAUACACCAACAACCGAAAAACAAGAAACAACAUCAACUUCAACAAAGACUACUCCGACUGAAAGAGAAACCUCAACCAUUUCUGUCACCGAGUCUACAACAACCAAACAACAAGAAACAACAUCAACUUCAACAAAGACUACUCCGACUGAAAGAGAAACCUCAACUAUUUCUGUCACCGAGUCUACAACAACCAAACAACAAGAAACAACUUCUACUUCAACCAAGAAUAUUCCGACUGAAGCAAAAACCUCAACCAUUUCUUUCACCGAGGCUGCAACAACCCAAAAACAAGAAACAACCUCAAGAGCAAGUGAUGGUUCUACAAAUGGCACUUUCGGUUCGGGUGCUGGAUCGGAAUACACCACCUCCAGCGUCGUUGAUGGAACUGAAUAUUCGACUGAAAGCAUCAUAG